UUGUUUUUGUGAUAUGUUUGCAUUCCCGUGAAAACAAUUCAAAAAAAAAAAAGUUUUAUUAAAAAUUCUGUGUGACCAAGUAGUGUAUUGAAAAUAGAAUGUGUAUAUGGUAUUUGGUGUGUGAUUGACGGACUAAAUUCAAAAUUCAAGCGAAAAAAAAAAAAUACUAAAAUUUUCUUAGCCAAAGUAGAAAAAUCAAACGACGAAAAGGUAGAAUAUCCUUGAUAAUUUGAGGUUGAAUUUUGUUUGUAUCAAAAAUGAAAUGCAUCGGGUGACAAAGACGGUGGAUUAAUUAUGACGGUGUCACAAACGAACAAUACUCAAUGACAGACAUAAAAUCAAAUGUAUAGUGAUGUAAAAAUGAUAUUAAAUAAAUUUAUGAUUGCAUUCGAGUGAUGAUGAUAUUGAGAUGACUCGAAUUCUAAACCAAUGUUUUUUUGCAAGAGACUAUUUAAAAGUGAACAAUUAUAUAAUAAAAUUGAUGUACAAAACAAAAUGUGUGUGUGCAAAUACAAUGUGAUCAAAAAAUAAAGAUAAAUAUUUACGGGAUUGAUGACCGGAGUUGAAUAAUUCAAUAUCGAAAAAGUACAACAUUCAACAAAUGAACAUCAGACCAAAAGCAAAUUUAUUUGGUUACCAAACGACAUAUAUUUAAAAUGUGCAAAACAUCUUCGUAGAAUUCAAAUGCGUAAUUAUGAAAUUAAGAGGAAAAAAUGGACAAAAUCGUGAAAUAAUUGAGAAAAGUCAAUAAACACACCGCUAAAAGUGCAUUGUGAGAAAGAUUAUUCGGACCGAAAAAACAUACACAUAAAAUAACAAAUAAAACAAAGGAAAUCAUAAUGGAUGGCCUAAGAGCAGCUGAUUUGCUGCAAUUGCUGCAGGAACGCUUUGUAUUAUUAACAGGUGGCCGUGAUCAACGAGGUGGUCCAAUACUUAGUUUUCCAGCAACACCAAGACGUGAUCGAGCCAAACCAGAUGAUAUUCGUCGUUUGCUCUCUUAUUUAUUCACAUUGCCCAGUGAAACAGCGAAAGCGCUUCGAUUUACAAUUUUGAUUGAUAUGCGUGGCAACAGUAAUAACAUGAGCACCGUCAAAGCGAUAUUGAAAAUAUUACAGGAACAUUUUUGUUCCGUUGUACAUAGUGUUGUGAUCAUCAAGCCAGACAAUUUCUGGCAAAAGCAACGAGCAUCGAUUUCUAGUCACAAAUAUAAAUUCGAAACGAAUACCAUAUCGCUUGAAGGUCUACAUAAAUUAAUUGAUGUAAAUCAACUGACAACAGAGUUUGACGGUACACUUCCAUACGACCAUAAUCAAUGGAUUGAAAUUCGAAUGUCACUCGAAGAGUUUCUCUGGCCAAUUGGCGAUAUGCUUGAUCGCAUCGAAGAUUUACAAGAAGAUUUAUCGCGCAGUGAUUUUGCCGAGGAUGUAGCUGGUGCAAAGCAUGGCAUCCAACAGCAUGGCGAAAUGCAAAAGAAAAUCGAUAAAUUACCGAUUGAAGAAUUGGAUUUACAAGGUCAAAAAUUGUUGGCCAAAUUAAGUACCGAUUCAAAUCGACCGGACCAUCAUGCAUCACAUUCGUCACAAAAGAAUCAUGCCCAAGUUCCAAGCAAUCCAGAUAUGGCAGCAAUAUUUCAACAAGUACUGCAGCAAUUAGAUUCAGUGCAUAAGGGUAAAUCGCACCUGUUGACUGUAUGGGAUUAUAAAAAGAUACGAUUGGAUCAAUGCUUCCAAUUACGACUAUUCGAACAGGACUGCGAGAAAAUGUUCGAUUGGAUUCUACACAAUCGUGAUACAUUUCAAGAGAAAUACGUUGAAAUCGGUCAUAAUUAUUCAAAGGCAAAAAGCUUACAAGACGAACACCAGAAAUUUACAAUGGCCUCAAUGAAUGUUGGAGUUAACAUAAAUCGCAUACUUGCUGUUGCCGGCCGUUUAAUAGAAGGUAACCACUAUGCCGGCCAACAUAUUCGAACGGUUGCAAGCCGAUUGGAUCUAACAUGGAAAGAAUUCGCAGCCGGGCUUGAUGAACGGACAUCAGUGUUGGGUUUAAGUGUAUUGUUUCAUCAUAAAGCCGAACAGUAUUGUGAUAGUGUUGCGUCAUGGGCAGCGGCAUGUGAAGCAACCCAACCACCACCCUCAGAAAUACAAAGCUUAGAAACUGCAAUACGAACACAUCAAUCAUUAUAUGAAGCAAUGUGUCAAGCAUACACCGAGGUUUAUAAUGCUUAUCAAACGUUGCUAAAAGGCUUAGCAUCGAUGUUACAAGUAUUUCACGGAUUUUCAAAGAAUAUAUCAAUUGAACCAAAAGACACUUCACACCAGGAAACAGAAAACGACGACGAAUCAAAUGUUCAUUCGACAAGCAAAAAACUUCUUUAUCAGUUGGACCAUUUAGUACGAGUAUGUAAUCAACCUCCACCUCCAGGAGUUCCAGAUCAUCGAAAACAUGAUAACGGUGUAAAUCGUAAGGAACGAGCUAAUCCAGCUGCUGAUUACAGCGAAGGUGCCUCGCAUGUAUUGGCUGUGAUUCAUGAAAUUCUUGGACAUCAUCGUUCGCUCGAAAACAAAUGGCAUGCUGAAAAGGUGCGUUUGCAUCAAACGUUGGCGCUUCGAUUGUUCCAAGAAGAUGUAAAACAAGUGUUGGACUGGCUAGAAAAUCAUGGUGAAGUGUUUUUGAGAAAAAAUACUGGCAUUGGUAAAAAUUUACAGAAGGCACGCGUUUACCAAAAGAGUCACGAACACUUUGAAAAUGUGGCACAAAAUACAUAUAGCAACGCCGACAAACUACUAUCAGCUGCUGAAGAUUUGGCACGCUCUGGCGAAGUAGAUGCAAACGAAAUAUUUUCAGUUGCGCGUGAGUUAGAGUUACACGUUGCUUCGUUUGCGAAUCGUGUUGAGCAACGUCGACGACGUUUGGAUAUGGCCGUACUAUUUUAUACGCAUGAAAAGGAAGUAUCAAAUUGGGUGGCUCAAUUGCGACAAGAAAUAAAUUCGGAUGACACAUUGUUGUCACAAGAGAAUUUGGAGGGUACUGAACGAUUAUUGCAGCAAUGUCAAGACCAACAAGACAGUACCUUAAAUGGAUGCUUACAAACAAUUGCUCAAGGGGAGAAUUUACUUCAAGAGAUUCGUUCAAUGGGCGAUUUGGACUCAACCGGUUCAAUUCAAGCCCUUGAAAUUGCAAUUGAAAAUCUAUCAAAGCAAAAAAUCGAAUUAGACGAAUUGUGGACGGCACGAAAAUACCGAUUGGACUACUAUUUACGACUGCGAUAUUUUGAACGAGAUGCACUUGAAGUAUCAUCGCAACUAGAAAUGUGGGCUGAAGAGCUUCGUCAUACGGAACUAUCACGCGACUAUGCAAAAGCCGAACAAUUUUUACGGCUCCAUAAUGAAUCAGUCACCCAGAUGCAAAACACUACCUAUGAAGUUGUACAACAGGGCCAAGACUUGGUAUCAUUAUUCGAAGGAGCUGGUUUCAUUGCAAUGGCCGAUGUUACACAAAAUGCUCAAACACGUAUUCAACAAUUGCUCGAAUUUCUCAAUGAUCGUGAACUUGAUUUAGAAGAAUUGGCCGAAGUUAAAAAGGUUAAGCUCGAACAAGCGGUUCAAUUGUGUCAAUUUCAAAAUGAUGCAAACCAAGUGAUAUCUUGGAUUCGAAACGGUGAAGCAAUGCUUAUUGCAAGCUUCAGUACGCCAAAUUCGCUACAAGAAGCAGAACAAUUGCGCAAAGAGCACGAACAAUUUCAAGUGGCUGUUGAGAAAACACAUACGUCAGCCGUUCAAGUAAAAUAUCGUGCCGAUGCUUUAAUUAAUGCAAAUCACUAUGAUCCACAAAGUAUUCGGGACAUUGCCGAAGAGGUAACUAAGAAAUGGCAACAAUUGGUGACAUGCGCCGAGGAACGACACAAAUUGGUGACGGCAUCAAUGAAUUUUUAUAAAACUGCCGAACAAGUGUGCAGUGUUUUGGACAGUUUGGACCGAGAGUAUCGCCGUGACGAGGAUUGGUGCGGCGGUGGUGGAGACCCAAAUAAGCCACAAACCAUUGUACAACUUAUAACAAAGCAUCAAGAGCAAAAGGAGGCCUUUUUGAAGGCAUGUACAUUGGCCCGUCGAACGGCUGAAACAUUUCUUAAAUACACAACACGAUCGCUACAAUAUUACGAAUACCAUCAGCACGGCAGCUGCGAAGCUCGUGUUAAGUCCAUUCUCGAUAAGUUAUUGGCACAGGAAAAUCAGGUUCUAGAAUAUUGGACAGCACGCAAAAAACGUUUGGAUCAAUGCCAACAAUUCGUUUUAUUUGAACGUUCGGCAAAACAAGCUAUUGAAUGGAUCCAUAAUACAGGCGAAGCAUAUUUAUCGUCCCGCACCAAUGCUAUUGGCAAAAGUCGUGACGAAACUGAGAGUUUACUACGUGAGCAUAAUGAAUUCAAGGGCACUGCCAAAGAGACACGCGAACGAGUUAAACUUUUGAUACAAUUGGCCGAUAGUUUAGUUGAGAAAGGUCAUGCACACGCAAAUGCAAUAAAAUCAUGGGUUGCAGCCGUCGAUAAUCGAUACAAAGAUUUCAGCAAUCGCAUGGAUUCAUAUCGUGAACAAUUGGAGAGAUCAUUGGGAUUGCCAGUCGCACAAGAUGAAACGACAUCAACGUCAUCGCUAUCGUCGGCUGGCACUGCUGGCGAUCGACAUUCGGACCCAUCGCUCGAAGCAAAGCUUAAUGCAACGGCCGCAUCAAAGGAGCUAAAUGAAGAAAAACGUAAAUCGGCCCGUCGCAAGGAAUUCAUCAUGGCAGAACUCUUACAAACCGAACGUACUUAUGUUAAAGACUUGGAAACAUGCAUUCGAUGUUUCUUGCAUGAAAUGCGAAAUGGGCCAAAUGUUCCUGUCGCUUUAGUGGGCAAAGAAGAUACGCUAUUCGCAAAUAUUGAAGAAAUUUAUGAAUUUCAUCAGAAAAUAUUUUUACGCGAAUUGGAAAAAUAUGAAACGAUGCCGGAAGAUGUUGGACAUUGUUUUGUCACAUGGGCAUCUAAAUUUGAUAUGUAUGUAAAAUAUUGCAAAAAUAAACCACAAUCGAACACUUUAAUGGUGCAACACAGUGGCACCUAUUUUGAAGAUCUUCAACGAAAGCAUAAAGUUGAACACCCGUUGGCCGCGUACUUGAUAAAACCAGUUCAACGAAUUACCAAAUAUCAGCUACUUUUAAAAGAUCUACAAUCAUGCUGUGACGAAGGCCAAGGAGAAAUUCGCGAUGGCUUGGAGGUGAUGUUGAAUGUGCCGAAAAAGGCAAAUGAUGCGAUGCACCUUUCAAAUCUGGAGCAAUGUGAUAUACCUAUUGAUAAUUUGGGAGAAGUUGUAUUGCAAGAUUCAUUUUUGGUCAUGGAAAAUAAACAGCUAAUUCGCAAGGGACGUGAGCGUCGUGUAUUUCUAUUUGAAUUAUAUUUAUUGUUUGCCAAAGAGGUCAAAGACUCGAAUGGAAUCAAUAAAUAUCAUUUCAAGCAUAAAGUGAUGACAUCGGAGCUUGGUGUCACCGAGCAUAUUGAAGGUGACGAAUGUAAAUUUGCCGUUUGGACUGGUCGCGCGCCUAUGGUAUCCGAUUAUCGCAUUGUUUUGAAGGCCAACAAUUUAGAAACGAAACAAAUUUGGGUGAAGAAAUUACGCGAAGUGAUUCAAGAGACGUACUUCUCGGGUGCGUCAUUGACAUUGCCAAAAUCACCGGCCAAAUCAAGUAAAGCGACUGCCGCAUCACAACGCUCAUCGAAAGAUUUAGAAGAUACUCUGUGCGAAAAUGAUCACGAUGGAAGUUCACUAGCCAGCUUUGGCUCUGGAAACACAACUGACAGUGAUAAGGCUGGAGGCAAUGUGGAAAUGACAUGGGUUUUAACCGACUAUACCGCAACACCAGGAACAAAUGAAGUAUCUGUGACAAAAGGACAGCAAGUCGAAAUUAUUGAAACUGUUUGCAAUGGUGCUCCCGAAUUUUGCUUGGUUCGUUUGAACAUACACAGCGGAAGUGCAGCCGAUGGUAGCGGAACAAUUGAAGGAAUCGUUCCGGCGUCGGUGUUGAAAUUAGUGCCCUCGAAUAAAAGUGGUCAUCGAAAAGGAGCUGAUGAUAAUAAAGAACCAACUGAUAAUAAUGAUCUAACAUUAUCGACAGAAAAUGCUGCGGCCACAACAGCGUCACCUAUUAACAAGCGCAGAGGUUUCAGCGGAAGAAAAUGGCUUCCGCCACCACUUCGCAAACUAUCUCAGGGAAAAGUGGACAAAACGACAGCACCAUCUUCGUCAGCAUCGUCAUCAACGGCGCCGAAUGAGCGACCAUUCUUGAAGAAAGGAUCCGAAAAGGUGUUCAAGCUGGCCACAUCGGUGACAGCUGAAGAGGAACCAUUGGCACCAAAGACAAAUAUAAGUCGAUUCCGUGAUAAAUCGGGCAGUGAUCAACAUCAUAAAACCGAUCAUGAUCAACCACAACAACUUCAAAUGAGCCACCCAACGGAAGCUGAAAACGAAGAAGAGGUUAUAUUACCACCGCCCAUGAAACCGAUACAGGAUUCGCAAGCGAUCAUUAAUAAUGGACCAACGGUCGUUGCGUCGUCAGUGGUUGAACACAGUCCAUGCAAACGCACUUCUUCAUUAUCGUUGAAAACGCUGGAAGGAAAUGCAACCACUGAUUUAGAAGAAAUUGAACAAAUAGUUAAGGAGAAAAUGGAACAACAUGAAAGUACAAAAUUCAAACUGGUUAAAUCAUCAAACGAUGGCUCUGAAUUUAAUUCGUCAUCUUCAUCAGCUGCUGCAGGCAAUGCAAAUGGCGAUAAUGAUGAUAAUCUACAGGAAAAUGACAUUGAAGUAUCGAUGCGAAAGCGAAUGUAUGCCCUCAAAGAGCUUGUUCAUACCGAAGAGACAUACGUGCAGGAUUUAUCAUUGAUUGUCGAUGGAUACAUACGAGAAAUUCGUGAUCCAGAUAGUGACAUUCCAAUGCCAGAUGACUUGAAAGGCGGCAAAGAGCGCAUGGUGUUUGGAAAUGUUGAAGCAAUUCACGAAUGGCAUAGGGACUUUUUCUUGAAGUCGCUCAAAAAUUGUAUACAAAAUAGUGUAGAAUUAGGACCACUUAUAAAGCGUUGUGAACGAAAACUUCAUAUGUAUGUGAUUUAUUGCCGAAAUAAACCCGUUUCUGAGCACAUUGUGGCUAAGCAUUUAGGUUAUUUUGAAGAAAUUAGGCUCAAGCUCAAGCAUAAAUUACUUCUAUGUGAUCUAUUGAUAAAACCAAUCCAAAGGAUUAUGAAGUAUGAGUUACUGUUAAGGGAUAUUUAUAAACACUCUGAACGUGCUGGUGUUGUACAGGAACUUCCAGGUUUACGGGAUGCUAUGUAUGUCAUGAAGAUUGUUCCAAAAGAAGCAAAUGACAUGAUGGACGUGGGUCGUUUAGAAAAAUUCGAAGGGAAAAUAACUGCUCAGGGUAAUUUACUGUUGCAUGGUCCACUACUUUGUACAGAGGGCACCAACAAUGCCGAACGUAACGCAAGCGUUGCGAUUAAACCACGUGAACUACAAGUAUUUUUGUUCCAACAAAGUAUCAUCUUUUCGGAAAUUAAUGGAAAGAAAACACAAUUCGUGAAUCCAACUUAUACUUACAAAAAUCAUAUUCAGUUUAACAAAAUGGCAAUAAUCGAAGAACUGCCCGAGAAUCGAUUCAUGUUGCGUUCAACCGAUCCUCAACGCCAAGAAAUUUGCUACAUUAUAACCACACAAACAAAUGACCAAUGGCAUGAAUGGGUGGACACUAUAAAGAACAUACUGCAAAGGCAAUAUGAUUUAUUGAAAGCACUCCAAAGUCCCAUAGAGUAUCAAAAAGAACGAAUGAAGGAAUCUUCAAUGUUUCGCAGUAAUAAUUUUUUACGAAAAACAAUCUCCGUACCGGCACCAGAUAUUGGUGGCAGCAGCAGUAGCAUUACCACAUCAACAUCAUCAAGCAACAAUAAUGAACAUAGUCAGAAGAAACUCUCACUACCACUUAAACUUCAAUCGUACGACGUGUGCGCACCGCAUAAUCAUGCUAGUAUGGUGUCAAAACCGAAUUCAUCGAAACGUACGCUGCACAUCCUUGAUAGCAUCCAAAGUAUAUUCCAAUCGAAUAAUCACAAUCAAAGUGAUCGUCAAAACCACAACCAUGACAAAAAGCACAAACAUAAUCAAACCAUUGAUAAUUCAAAUGAUGAUAGAAAAAGUGCAAAAUACGUAAGCCAUAAACCAAAAGACCAUCAAAAAUUACAAAAGGAGUCAAUUGAAUGUGGCCACGUGAAAACGGAAAGUUCAAACAUACAUCCAACCGAUUUGAAAACUCAUCCAGCCACAUAUAGUAAAAUGGAAAAUGUUACACGAAUUUUAAUCAAUUCGUCAAACCCGAGAGUUGAUAGCUUUGGUGAACGGCAUGAAUUAAGUAUGUUUCUCGAGGAUGUUGGGCAGAAUGAAAUAAAACCACAACAUCGCCGAUGGUCUGAGUAUAAGAGUUUGAAUUUGAUAAUUCCAGAAAAAACAAUUGAUUUUCAUAGCCGAAGGCCGCACACAACAUCACCUUCAAUUCAACACUACAGUUUAACUAAUUUAAAUUUUGAUUUUAAUCAAUCGUUAACAAUGGGACACGAAAGUGACAUAAGCAAUAGUAAUAAUGUAUCACCCGAAAUAAUAUCACGCACCAAAGAUAAAAUGGCACAAGCCGGUCAAUCAAUUGUCCUAAGUUGUCACAUUCGAAAUGGAAUGAAUGCAAAAACUGUUUGGCGUAAGAUGGAACCAGAUUCAAAGAUUAUAACAAAUUCGUCGAUAAAAUAUCAGACAACAUUCUCAAGUUCGGGUGAGGCACGAUUGCAUAUCAAUAAAGUUGAGCCAAAAGAUAGUGGUGUUUACAUUUUGACCGCUUCAAAUCCGUUUGGUGUCAUUCAAUGUGCAAUCGGUCUUACCGUUGUAAUGUCAACCGUUGACACAGUUGACAAUGAAGAUGAAUGCCAUUGCAAAGAUGUUUAUGUUGAAAUUGUAAAUCCGACAUCGGUUCGAGUUAGUUGGGACUUUUCAUCAUCAACAACAAAUAGUUAUAUUAUCGAAUAUUGCCGAACUGGCACCAAUAAUUGGAUUAUAAAAGAUGAUAAACCCGUACGGGCACGAUAUAUUUUGAGCGGAUUGACACCGGGUGAAAGUUAUACAUUCCGUUUACUUUGUCCAAAUACAAAUGUUACAAGUUUACCAAGUGCAUCGAUCACAAUGCCGCUCAGUGAACAGCAUAUGUGGCAACAGCAACAAUUUAAUAAUCGAUACACUUCGCUAUCAGAGCUAGGACGUGGGCGUUUUUCAAUUGUUCGCCUUGCAACCGAUUCGGUAACCGAACAAAAGGUUGCGCUCAAACAAAUUUCACGAAAACAUCAAGAUUUGACCAUAACACAAGAGGAAUAUAAAUUGCUUGCAUCGUCAUCACAUCCAAAUAUUGUUCGUGGACUGGCAUUGUUUGAGAAUGCACCGCUUCAAGGAAUCGAUACUAUCGUUAUGGAACUUGUUCAAGGUCCGAUGCUAUUCAAUUACAUAUGUCAAAUGGACACAUAUACUGAAGCGGUCGUAGUGCAUUAUAUGCUACAAUUGUCAGAUGCCUUAAAUUGGCUGCAUAAACGUAACCUAGCCCACUUGGAUAUAAAACCAGAAAACAUAUAUGUUGUGCAACAACAACAAUUGAAACUGAUUGAUUUCGGUGAAACAUUUGGCACUCUGAAUCGUAACACAAUUCUACCUCCAUCGAAUUUAGAAUUUUCUGCACCAGAAAUGGUGAUGGGACAGGCAACUGGAACAUAUACAGACGUUUGGUGCUUUGGUAUUUUAUUGUAUGUAUUUCUGAGCGGAGUGUCGCCUUUUUUGGACGAUUCAGUUGAAGAAACGACGGAAAAUAUCCUGAAGUGUGAUUUCUCAUUCCCCGAUGAAUAUUUCUAUGAAAUUUCAAACGAUGCAAAAAAUCUUCUGCGACGGUUAUUAUUACUACAGAGUAGUGCACGAGCAACAAUAAGCGAAUGUCAAUCUUGUCCAUGGUUCUUACAGGAACCAGCAAACAAACCAAUUUCAACAGUUAAAUUGGAAAACUUUAACCAAAGAAGAAUGCGAAGUUCAGUUUCUUUGAUUCAAACGAACUUAAAAAAAACGUAGCAAACAACGAAGAAAUUAAAUAUUGUAUAAUUGUAC